AUGUCACGCCAUCGAAACGUCAGAAAACUCAAAGUUGAAGAAAUUUUUGAGGAAGAAUACGGAUAUGAAGAUAAUGAAUAUGGAGCCGAAAAUUUUGAAAUGACAUUAAAGCAGAAAACACAAAUGGAGGAAGGAAAAAUAAAGGUCAAAAGCGUAAUAGGACAGUUGGAAGGUGUCACCGAUAAAGAUAUCGAAGAUACAUUAUGGCACUACUUUUUUGAUACUGAACAAACGAUCAAUUGGCUAUUAGAUAAAGUUCAUAAAUCUCAAGCGAAAAAACAAAAACGAUCUCAAAAGCAGGCUGCUUCAAAUAACUCACAAGAAAACAAAGAUUUAAGCAUUAACACGAACAAUUCAUUGUUGGAAGAUGAACAUCUUUGUCCUACGACUUCCAGAACAAAGACACCAAUUCUUGAGUGUUCACGAUCUGUAACUGAUUUGCCGUCAAAAAACAAUAGAACAAUAAGUUGUAUUACGCUGUGGGAUAUUUGGUCAGGACAUAAUGUCAAUUGGAGACGCCUUUUGAACAACACAAAGUCGCCUGUAGAGACGCCCAUUUUCGCGUUAAAACAAAGCUGCUUUACUCGUGGCGGGUUAUUGGGUGGCGCUGAUUCAGAAACUCCGAAUUCGCAACAGAGACUUUCUUCCAUGAAACCUACAUAUGCAUCUUUAUCAGAUUUAUCUUCGGCUAUACCUUCAAAUUCUGGACUGCAGAGACAGGGAUUAUCUUUAUCAUCUUUGGCACAAGAAUCUUUGUCCCAUUCAACCGGCCGAAUUUCAUUGACAAAACUC